GUUAAUCGUUUGCGAAUGCCGCCGCCAGUCCGCCAGGUGGCGCACGCAAACGCGAGCGCGAAACCCGAGGCGCGACGAAGAAACUUCCAGAGCACCGGAAGAGAACGUAAACUUCCCACAGCACCAAACAGCUGUUCUCGGGGAAGGAAAGGAGAAAACCGAACCGGGGAGAGAACCGGGGAUUCCGUUUCCACGACGAUGCCAUGUCAAAAACGAAAAAUGCAGCCUGCCGAAGCCCAAGACGAUGAGAAGCGAGCGGACCCGAGCACGAUGGCGUCCCGAACGUCUCUACGCCCCAAACGUCCCCAAACGUCAGCAGCACCACAGAAACAAGGUCCGGCCAAGUCCAAAAAAAAGCCUUCAGCCCAGCCGAGAGACGAGACGGAAAACACGCCUCGACGCUCCUCCAGGCUCAAAACCCCGCCGAAGAAGGCGAGCGGCACGAAAAGGAGAAAAACCUCCACCGCGGUGGUGAAGGACCCGAGAAUGAGCAUUAGAGCUUCCAACAGAGACGGGGAUAAACCGUGCCUGACGUCACCUGCGCUGAAGAAGGGGAGCAGGAAGUACGCGUCCAGGGUGAAGAAGGAGAACCGCGAGUCUGCGCUGAAGGACGUGGCGUGCGGCGCGGCGGCCGGACUUCUCCCCGUGUUAAUCGAGCACAGCUACGGUCAACCUCCCGAUUCACACAGCGAGGAAACCACACUGCCAGACAAAAGCCAAGCCGCCGGAAUCACCAAGCUCGGUCUAGACGUGAACGACGAGCACGACGCUGCCGUCUACCAUCCAGCCAGAGCGUCUGGAGAGAGCAGAAAGGAUCUCUUAGUAGACCCUGGUGUACAGGUAGAACCCGGAGCAGGUGAAUUUCCAGAACCAGGCGUGAACAAAGACGACUUGCGUAGCGAAAACACCUCAGACGGCGAAGGGAGCGCACGUCUCCCGCAGGACGCUCUGUUCUCCGAAGCGUCUGACGUGCCUCAGGACGAUCUCGAGAUCGAACACUGUGUCGUCGAGAUUGAAACGUCAGAAGAAGAAGCGCAUGGUGACCUCAGUGCCUUACAGAGUAACGAGCAGCCCUCACAGAACCUCCAGGACUCCACGGGACUCUCGGAAACCAGCAGAGCUGCGGUGUGUAAGGAGAGCACCUCCACUCCUCCUUCUCUUCCGCAAGACGGAGCAAAAGACUCCUCACAAGGUUCUCCUGCACAGGACGCCGCAGAACCUCCCAAGAAGCAAGCGAUGAACCCUCAGGCCAGGACCAAGGCGCGUCUGGCAGCCAUGGCGAAGGAGAGAGCCGCUGCUGCUAAGAGGCCGCCGCCCAAGCAGCUCAACCUCUUAGCUCUUUGCGAGGAAAUCGCAGACGACAUCGCGUCGGACACGGCGGCCGCGAAAGACGACAAGACGGACGACAGCGUGGAGUCGUUUGAGAGUAAAAACGAGGUGGAGAACGCGACCGUCCCCACCGUGUCCAGCGACCUCCCCGUCCCGGAAAGCCUCACAGAGGAGACGCACGAGAGCACGCCCAAGAAACGCUUCUUCCUCAGCCAGGUUUCGGUUCCGCUCAAAACCCAGGAGAAGAAGAAGUUAUCCCGGUUCCAGAAGCUGAGGCAGGUCGAGCUCCAGAGGGACAAACUGACAUGGACGCGGGUCAAAAAGCUGAAAUCGGAGCAGGCUAGCCAGGACGAGGUCGAGGACUCCGUGCAGACGUCACCCGUCUCGGUGCCGACCGGCGACGUCAGUCUUCCUCCUCCGUCUCCUCCUCGUCUCGCGCCGGCGUCCACGCUGAAAGCGGGAGCGGGCGAGUGCAGGAGGACGCUCCCGGCCGUGGCCCCGCCCAUGCCCAACGGGAUCACCAGCUCCAAACCUAGACCUGUUGUGGAGUAUAAGCCAUACAACCCAAGACCAAAAUACUCUCCAGACGACUUUGAACUCGACGAGCCGAGCGAAGAGACCAGCAAGCCGGCGCUCCCCAAACAGGAGGGCAGAACGGAGCAACACUCGUCUACGGCUGUGGAGUCGUCCAGAACACCCGGAAAGCUCACGUGCACCAUGACCUCUGCAGCUCCUACAGGGAUCAGGUCCUCUACCCACCACGACGCUUCUCAUAAAACACCAACGGAAAAUUCCGACUCCAAAAGCAGGAGCAGCUGUAGCAGCGGGUCGGAUGCAGAUCUUCGGAGCGAGGUUACGAACACCACGACGUCUGCAGGUCCAGACGGAGAGCAGAAAAGCAGCAACGCGUUCGGAGCCACGUCCUGUAACGUCUGUGGGAUGCUCUACUCUCCUUCCACCACCGAGGACGAGACGCAGCACCUGCUGUUCCACAACCAGUUCAUCAGCGCUGUCAGAUACGUGGGCUGGAAGAAGGAGAGGAUUUUAGGAGAAUACCCAGACGGCAAGAUCAUCCUCGUUCUCCCAGACGAUCCUAAAUACGCCCUGAAAAAGGUGGAGGAGAUCAGAGAAAUGGUGGACAACGACCUGGGAUUCCAGCAAGUGGAGACGAAGGUUCCUUCUCAAACCAAAACCUUCCUCUUCAUUUCAAACGACAAGAAGGUGACGGGGUGUCUGAUCGCUGAACACAUUCAGGAGGGCUACAGAGUGAUCGAGGAGCCUUUACCAGAAGGUUCUGAGGGGGAGAAGGUGAUGUUCGAGCGUCAGAGGGCCUGGUGCUGCUCUACUGUUCCAGAGCCUGCAGUGUGUGGGAUCAGUCGUAUUUGGGUCUUCAGCAUGAUGAGGAGGAGAGGCAUCGCCUCACGCAUGAUCGAGUGUCUCAGGAACAACUUCAUCUACGGCUCCCAUUUAAGCAAAGGCGAGAUCGCGUUCUCAGACCCCACACCUGACGGGAAGCUUUUCGCUACGCAUUACUGUGGAACGUCACAGUUCCUGGUCUACAACUUCAUCAGCGGCCCGCGGUUGAACUGACGCCAUUCACUAUAAAACCCAGCACUUUUUUUAGCUCCUCCCAUUCCCACAUUACAGCAAACCCGGACCGGACCGGACCGGAGCCACACUCGGGAGGAUCUCAGCAGCUUUUAUUACACAGAGACACGAACUUAUUAUUAGAAACUUCCUCUAAAAGAAAAUGUCCACCAUGUUGAUUUUUUUGAUACGUUCUCCUAAUAUGAUUUGAUUUCAGAGUGAAAACUGGUACAGACAGCAGGGGUUCAAUCCCACCUUACAGGAUCUAUAUUAAACACAGAACUGUUUUUUAA